AUGGAGCAGAUCGGCGUCUCGCCAAAGAGCUAUGACGCUCAGUUUCCUAGUUUCGCAUGUCCGACACCGAUCGGUGAAUACACGAUCAACGAGGAGAGAAAGAUUGAAAUCGGUCGUGCAAAGGCUCGCUAUCUGUACUCGCGUUUGAUCGACGAGAAAGGACUGAGACUCGAUUUGUCCGACGGUUUUGCCACUUUUCAGCCAAAGGACUCCGAUCAAAAGCUGAACGCUUUACUUGCGUGGAUUUGCACCCAGUCGCCGAGUGGCGGAAGACUCAAGCAGUGCCUCCACGAGACGGACUUCGUCUGUUGGCGCGGGCUGCUCACGAAAAUCUCGGCCACUCCAUUCUCGCAAAAUGACGAUUGGUCUUUUAUCGCUAGGAAAGCAAAAGGAGUAAUCUUCCUUCUUGAGCAGGAGACCGAAGCACAAGCCUUGAGAAAGGCCAAGAUGUCACCGCGUGACCAUUUGAUGACGUAUUGGGGCUUUAAAUUCGAGCAGUACACCUCGACAAGGGACAUUGAUGGCGUCCCGUCCACUUCCGAGCCGGUCACCCAGAACGAGGAGUUCGGCGUGGUCGUCAAGACAAAACUUUCCACGCCAAAUGGUCCGAUUCGUCUCGUCUAUUCGGGAGAAGUCGAUUGCAUCGAUGAAAACGGUGACCUCGUCGAGCUGAAAACGCAACGCCAAGCGCUGGAGGGUGGCUUUUGGCGGCAAAAAUCGAUGAAAUGGUGGCUUCAAUCAUUUCUUCUUGGCAUCAAACAAAUCGUCGUUGGUUUUCGCGACGAUGAAGGAUAUGUGCAUCGGAUUCAGGUGAGUCCCGUGGUGGUGAACGAUUUGCCAAGGAAGGGACAAUGGCAAGGCAAUAUUUGCUUCAAUUUUCUCGCCACCGUCCUCGGAAAGGUGAAAACCCUGUUGGAGAACGAGAACUCGAGUGAACCCUCGUGCACGAUCACCUAUGAUCCGACAAAAAGGAGUGUCACUUUUGAAAAGAAUCUCGUCGAGGAUUUCUUCAACACCGAUUUUCGGCACCAUUUUUCCCUUGAACCACCACCACCA